AUGACGCCGACGACGCUCGCCGUCGCCGCCGUCGACGCGCUCGCGCGAUUCGCCGCCCUCGCGCUGACGACCGCGCGCGUCGUCCUCGCGGUCGCGGACGCCGUCGCGCAUCCCGCGCUCGGGCUCGUCAUGACGUUCGCCGCUUCCGUUCUCGUCGCGUCGACGCUCGGGGGGGAUCGCGCGCCCCCCUUCGUCCUCGUCCUCCUCCUCGUGUACGCCCUCGGCGGCGGGUGGCGCGCGUGCGCGAGCGCGGAGGAGCUCGCGAUGAUGCGCGCGCGCGGGCACAGGACGCCGAAAGCGAUGCGCGCGGCGACGCGCGCGAUCGCGCGCGCGCUGGGCGCGGACGGGGGCAUCGGAGACGACGACGCGUUGGACGGCGGCGGCGUCGCCGCGGCGGCGCGAUGGGCGGUCAGACGCGCGAUGCGAUGGCAGCGGAUGCGAAUAGGAGGCCUCCGCGGCGAAGACGACGACGAGGAGGAGGAUGAGGAGGAGGGCGACGGCGACGGCGACGGCGCGGAGGCGGAGGCGCGGAACGAUGACUCAUCGAUCCGAUCCUCGCCCGCCGCCGCCGCCGCUGGGACCGACGAGACCGAGCGGUGGCCGACGGUGACGCUCCCGCGACCGGAGGAGUGGCCGCACCGCCCGGUGUUCGUGCGGUUCAACCCGAAGGCGCGGUCGAUGCGCGCGAUCGGCGGGUGGGCGACGAGGGAGGGGCCGGCGCCGUGGCGCGACGACGACGACGCGUUAUGGAAGGAUCCGAAUCAGAAUCCGUCGAAUCCGUCGCCGAAACCGCCGUCUCGAGAACGCCUGUGCGCGCCCGUCAACACGGAGACGUCGAUGGCGUUCGAGAGCGAGCUGUUCGUAGGGCGCAUCGUGUGCCGGUUCAAGGGCGUCGGGUGCCCGGGGAACGAGCGCGCGGUGAAGACGUCGGACGCGUUUUUCAAGCGUCGCCGCGUCACGUUCCAGGUUUUGGUGCAAGGCAAGUUCAAAGAGCCGUGCUUAACGUCGGACAUCUUAACCGGCGCGGAGUUCAAGAAGCCGUUCGAGAACCGCCCCCCGGACUUCCUCGUGACCGCCGGGAUCGCGUUCUUCGCCGCGCUCACCCCGGGUUUAGAGACGGACGUGCUGUGCGACGAGCCGUGGUACUGGGCGACGUUGGGGGGCACGGUGACGACGAUGGCGGCGCACGAGGCGAGAGACGCGCCGAGCGCGUUGGAUGAUUCGAAAGAGGACACGGUCCGGUUCGGCGGCGUCCUGGGCGGGGAAAAGAACGGGGCCCGGAAGAACAAGAACGGCGGCGACACCGCGAGGGAGCGCGCGCGGCGGUGUCGAAUCUUGGGCGAUCCGAAGACGGCGAAGGAUUACGUCUACAACGCGACGGACGUGUACACGUUCGAUUACAUGCAGAGCGUCAUCCUCUUCGACGAGUACGCGUUGGACCUGUGGGGUAUCGCGCGGCUGCCUCUGGAGCGGCACGUCAACGGGCAGCCGUUGGGAAUCAUGGCGAAGCACAGGGACGGGCGGUACGUGUACUCGUUCGAGAUCAUGCACGAGUGCUUGCUCGCGAAGAACGACCAAGCCCCGCCGGGGUGGAGAGUAGAGAGUAGAGAGGCGGCGGCGAGUUAA